CCAACGCAUUUUCUAAAGACAUGAAGUCAGUCGUAUAUAUAAUGAUUUUCAGUAUUUAGGGAUCCUCAUCACCUUUCCUUUUUCAAACUCGCCUCGCCAUCACCCCUACCAAUCCAACGCUUCCACCAUGAAAAGCCCUCCGCAGCUGGCUGCUACGGAUUUUCAAAUUGGGGGCGAAGUUAGGAGAAAUUCAACGCUAAUAUGCGCUCCCAUCUUGAGCGACUCAGUCGAUGAAAUGCUGAUUCAGAUGAGAAAGGCCAAAGAACUGGGUGCUGAUCUUGUGGAGCUCCGCUUAGAUUCCUUGAACAACUUCAAUCCUCCACAACAUCUCCACACCCUGAUCAAACAGCGUCCUUUGCCCACUCUCGUCACUUACAGACCCACAUGGGAAGGAGGGAAGUAUCAUGGUGAUGAAAGCAAGCGACUAGAUGCUCUACGUUUAGCCGCUGAAUUGGGGUCUGAGUUUGUUGACGUUGAGCUUGAGGUGGCUCGUGAGUUUUUUAAUUCCAUCGGGGAAAAGAAGCCUGAGAACGUCAAGAUUAUUGUUUCUUCACAUAACUACGAAAACACACCGUCCGUGGAGCAAUUGGGCAAUCUUGUCGCGAGAAUACAGGCUUCUGGUUGCGAUGUAGUGAAAAUUGCAACAACCGCCCUGGACAUCGUAGACAAUGCCCGUAUUUUCCAAGUGCUUGCCAAUUCUCAAGUGCCAAUGAUAGGGCUUGCGAUGGGGGAGAAGGGUCUCAUGUCAAGGAUUCUGUCGGCAAAGUUCGGAGGAUUUCUCACAUUCGGUUCGGUUAAGAGUGGAGCGGAAUCAGCCCCUGGACAGCCCACUGUCAGAGACUUGUUGGAGUUGUACAAUUUCAGGCACAUUGGGGCUGACACUAAAGUACAUGGUGUUAUUGGAAAUCCCAUUGGUCAUAGUAAAAGUCCCCAUCUUUAUAACCCAUCUUUCAAGUCCGUGGGAUUUAACGGCAUUUACCUGCCUUUGUUGGUUGAUAGCGUCUCCAAUUUUCUCCAGACUUACUCUUCCCCUGAUUUUGUUGGAUACAGUUAUACGAUCCCCCACAAGGUGGACGGACUCAGAUGCUGUGAUGAGGUCGAUCCAAUUGCGACGGCAAUAGGGGCUAUUAGUUGCAUGAUCAAGAAGCCAGACGGGAAACUAAUGGGUUAUAACGUGGACUAUCUCGGAGCCAUUACAGCCAUUGAAGAAGGACUACGGGAACUAAACGGUUGGUCGGGAAGUGGCUCGCCUUUAGCUGGAAAACUGUUCGUGGUUAUGGGAGCUGGCGGGGCAGGAAAGGCACUUGCCUACGGCGCAAAAGAAAAGGGAGCCAGAGUAGUUGUUGCCAAUCGUACCUAUGCCAAAGCCAGAGAACUUGCUCGUAAUGUGGGAGGAGAGGCCGUUCCUCUUUCGGAUCUGAAGGAUUUCGCCCCUGAAGAAAGGAUGAUUCUCGCAAAUGCCACAUCUGUGGGAAUGAAGCCCAACAUCGAUCUCACGCCAAUACCAAAGGAAGCCCUGAAACACUACUCGCUGGUGUUUGAUGCCAUUUACACGCCCAAAUUGACCAGGCUCCUUCGAGAAUCACAAGAAGCUGGAGCUGCCGUCGUCUACGGCACAGAAAUGUUCAUCAACCAAGCCUUCGUCCAGUUUGAGAACUUCACCGGUUUACCAGCGCCAAAGCAAUUCAUCAGGGAGUUGCUCGCAAGAAAUACAUGAGGAGAAGAAUCUUUGGCACCACAAUAUAAAGCAUGGCAACAAGUUGCCGGCCUUUUCUUGUACUGUAGCAAUAGUUUUUCCCUUCGGUGGGUAAGUAGACAAUUGAUGAAAAAUUGUUCAUCUUGGUGGUAAAGUAAUGUAUUCUUUCCCCUUUGGUGAGUGAGUAGGCAAGUGUAGUUGAACACGAAGCAUGUGGCCAACGUUUUCACAUUCACUUGUUACUUAUGCUCAAAAUCGGCGUUUUGUACGUACAUGAUAGAUUUUGUUGGGCCUGGGAGCAUAACAUUUUCCCCCGCACCGAGCCCAUACUUUAAAACUGGUAGCUAUCUAUAAUAGCUUGGCCCAAUAACUCACCAUCUAGCUAGCAUCACCAUACAGUUUUAAAAUUAAAAAAAAAAAAAAUAAACUGAUUUGUUUCACCAUUACGGAUCUAAAACAACGACUUGGAUUCUUCCAUUGCAUUCAUUGCCCUCUCUUGAAAAUUUUAGAGAGAAUAUUAGUAAAGAGUUUUGGAAGCAAUUUAAUUUUAUAAAAAGACUUCUAAGAAGUAAACAUUAACAACUAAUAAGUGAAGUUAUUAUUUUAAUAAAUAUCUAUUUUGUUUACAUUUUUAUUAGAUAUUAAAUUCAUUCAAAAGUUUUUCAUUGAUAUUCUCUCAAAACUUUAUCAGUUCUGACUCUUAGCUUCCUCCUUUACACUGAAGACCCUUGCACUACAAGUAAUCUCAAUUGCAUUUUCUUAUCUUUCUCUUUAAAAUUCAAUUUCUCUUAUGGCCUUCACUUUUCUUUUUGCCAGCUGGAAUUCCCUCAUAAAUGUUCUUGUCUUCCCCAUAAUUUUGUUUAUAUUUUUCUUUUAUUUACCAUCCAUCUCAUGUCUGGUUUUUUGCCAUUCUUUUGCUUUCUUCUUUAUUUUUGAAAUUAGUAUUCUAUAUUUCUAUUCACGUCCUAUUUCCACUUACCUCCUCUUGAAAUGUUCUUGGAGUUGGAGAUGAGAUUAAUUGAAAAUUGAGAAGAUGAACAAAAAGAAAAGGGGUGAAAUUCAUAUUAA